AUGUUCUCAAUGAAACAAGAGUUCAACAAUCUACUCUCAAGAAAAAAGGAAUUUCUGGCACGACAGCGACGUUGUUCGCUACUGAUCGAGCCGUUGAAAACGGAGGACAAUCCGCUGAUUCCAGAGUUCUCAAACUUCUAUCGCCGUGUUUCCAAUGCACCAAUGGCACCCGAAGACCACGCAGCACAAUUGGCGUUGAUCGAACAGGUCAUUCAAGAAUCGAUAAUAAUUGAAUGGCCAAAACUUGUCGAGGGAACGUCGUCAAUGAGCGAAACCGUCGAGAUCGACAUGGCACCGCUUAUUCAUCGGGCUCGCAGUGUCAUCAAAUGUCGUACAAGUCAUCCUACCAUGAGAGUGAAGGUUUGCGCCAUCACGCAUGAUGUUGAAAACGCCAUUAUUCCGCAACCAAAAACAGUGGAGGCAUUCUUUCGUGCAUCUCUUGUAAAACUACCUCAUGAUGGCAGUGGUCCGAGGCAAGCGGCAGGGCGCAUGAUCCUCACUCAACGAGAAGGAACACCAGCAACUAAAACCUUGGAUCAAAACGGGGCAACCGUCAGUGAUGGAAAACUCGUAGCUAGCCAGGCUGCUUCGAGUAGCGUCACACGUGUGCUGGUGGAGCGAAUGGGUGAAAGAGACGCUAAAACUACCUCAUUCAAAUACGACAAUCAUGGAGUGGCUUUGAACUCGAUGGUGGAUCGACGACAGCUAGCGACAAGAUAUGCCAUUCAAGUCGAAGUCGCUAUCAACGUCGACAACAAGCUCAUUGUGAAUCAUGUACGUUUAGAAAGAAAUUCGUGCCAAUAA